CAACAACAUGGCUGACAUCUUCGAUGGCAGCGGCGACCCAGAUGGCGAUCUGCCAAGCUCGGUUGGCUCUGCCAACUCGAACGGGAGUGGCAGCGGUGAAGACUUGGAUGUGAAAGCGCCAGCAUCUCCUUUGGGUAAAGGUAGUAGAAGAAAACGAACAACGUCAACCAGCGACAAAUCAGAUAGAGUAUAUAGGACAGUUAAGAGAACAAUAUUUACAGCAGGGCGACCACCGUGGUAUAAUGUACAUGGGGAAUUGAAAGAAGCAUUUGUUAUAGGUCUGUGUGGUGGUAGUGCAUCUGGCAAGACUACUGUUGCAAAAAGAAUUAUAGAAGAGUUGAAUGUACAGUGGGUAAAUAUUUUAUCCAUGGAUUCAUUUUAUAAGAAUUUUACUGAAAAAGAAAGAGCAUUAGCUGUAAAAAAUGAGUUCAAUUUUGAUCACCCUGACGCAUUUGAUAUUGAUCUUAUAGUUACCACGUUAAAACAACUUAAAGAGCUAAAACAUGUAGAGGUAAGUUUUUUGACAUUGUUUUUAUAUGCAUAA